UUUAUAUCCUACAAAUCUAAAGUACCAUAUUCUAUUUUUAGUAACUAAGUAUUUAAAUUUUGUAACACUACUCUUUCAUCUUGAUCAAUUCACAAUUAAAAUUGUGUUGUGAUUUAUUCGUGCAUCAUGAAUUUGAAGCAUCUUUCGUCCACUGCUAAUUCUGUCAUCCAUCGAUGUUCAUUGAAAUUACACACCUCUGUGGAUGCAUUGCUGGAAGAAUUCAAGGGAGUAUGGAAGCCAGAGAUGGGCGAAUAUGCACGAAAAUUAGUGGAGUUUUGCUGCUCAAAGGCUGUAAGACAGGGGCCAGCUUGUGGGGAAGAUGACUAUAUUAGUGAUAGUUCCUUUAGCCGCUUUACAUUUGACAUGAUGUUAGCAUGGCAGAUGCCGAGCUCUGCUGAUGAAGAAUCUUACAGGGAAUCUUUAGGUAAAGAGAAAGAAGAGAAGAAAUCCCUUGUAGCGACUCAACCACACGAAGAUGUGUCAUUGUUCUAUUCUGAUAUCAUGCCACUGCUCGUUGAUCAUGGACAAGGUGUUAAGGAAGAUGCUUUUGUGUGGUUUGCAACAAUGCUCCCUUUGCCUGGAGAUGUAAUCAAUGGUAGAUUCAUCUUCGAAACUCUUACGGCAUCUACAGCAAACAUUCUCCAUUAUCCAGCCUACGAUAGAUUUCUCACAGAAAUUGCCAAGUGCAUGAGGCAUUUGCAAAAGCAAGGAACACCAAAGGGAGUCAAACUCGCUGAUGAUGAAUAUAUAUUGCAUGUUGAGGGGACUGCUAGUAGUCAACGGGUAAUCCGUCAUAUUAGAGGAACAAGCUGGCCAGGUAGACUGACACUCACCAACUAUGCUCUCUACUUUGAGGCCAUGGGAUCUAUAAAUCAUGAAGAUUCAAUAAAAAUGGAUCUCUCAAGGAAUAUCGAGCAGAGUGUGAAACCUGCUGCUACAGGUCCAUGGGGCGCUCCACUUUUUGAUAAAGCCAUGCUUUAUGAAUCUUCAGAACUGACUGAAGGUAUACUGCUAGAAUUCCCAGAAUUAACCAGUUCUACAAGACGAGAUCAUUGGUUGGUCUUAACGAAGGAAAUUAUUCUUUUACAUCAGUUCUUAUCGAAAAAGGAGUCGCUACUGUCAGCAAACCAAGUAUGGGAAAUGCAUGCAAGGACAGUUUUAGGCUUUACAAGGCUUCAUGCUGCAAGAGAAAUGCUUAGAAUGGCACCUCCAUUACCACAAAGAUUUUUGAUCUUUACUCUAUUUGAUGAGCUGCCUAAAGGAGAUUAUAUUAUAGAAGAACUUGCAGAAACUUUAAAGCUGAUUGAAACUGAAGAACCCUGCAGUGCAAGUUCAAUCCUGAAGAAUCUGAACAUGCCGCACAAGUUUGCCCCUGAAAUGGAGUCGAAGGAAUCAGAUGUGGUUGAAAAAGUCACUUUAAAAAGUGCUCAAGAAGACAGUUUUGCAACAUUGGAUGAAGCUGUUACAGAGGUGAAGGAACAAGCAAAGGAAAUCGAGUCGGCAAAAGCUACCACUGAAAGCUUUAAAGAAGAAGGGGUUGUUGAUAGUGCUCUUGUACUUUUGGAGCUCUUGAAACCACUGAAAAGCAGUUGGAUUUGGCUUCAAGAAGUAUUGGCAUGGGAGAGGCCGGGUGCUACCAUCAAUUUGACCACUGCUAUUCUCUUCAUAGCCUACAGGGAGUGGAUUGGAAAGGCAUUGGCUACCAUCUUAUUUUGGGCAGCCUAUGAAAUGCUACGAGCAAGGCAGCGGAGGAUUGGAGACAAGUAUAAUAAGAUGGUGGUUUGUACUGCUUCAGACCAGACAACAAUGGAGAGCAUUAUAUCUGCACAGCAAGGACUGAGAACUGCCCAUGACUUGGUGCAGCAGGUCAACAUUGCAAUACUUAAGAUCUACUCUAUAUUGGUUUCUAGAGCUCCCAAGCAAGCAAACACGGUGAUGAUGAUGAUGGUUGGAAUAGCAGUGAUAGUAGCUCUUAUCCCCUUCAAGUAUAUGAUUAUGGCUUCCACCUUGUAUCUAUUUGCAACAAACUCAAAAGUUUACAAGAAUCUCAUGAAAAACGACUCAGCAGGAAAUCGGCGAUUGAAGGAAUGGUGGGACUCCAUUCCUGUUAUUCCUGUGGAAACUGUGGACGAACUGCCAGAGAACAGAUGAUUGAGUUGUGAACUGCAGUCAAUGUUUUAUAUAAUUAUACGACCUUAAAGGGUUUUACAACACACUUGGUAGUUAAUAAACACUUGGGUAACAGCAUUUUGCAUGGAGCAAUCAGCUGCACCAAGCAAUACACUCUUUGGGCGAUAGGAUUAGUUUUGAAUAAGGUAUAUACUUUCCUUUAAAAGCUUUUGUUUCGUUUAUUUUUGUUUUAGGGGUAAGAGGUGCACAGAACACAUAGCAAAUGACUCCUGAGAGUUCUGAAUGUAUAAAGUUUCAUGAUUCUGCAUAAUUAUAUGGUCCUUUUAAGUAAUAUAUUAAUAUCAGUGGCAGAUCUAGUUGGUUUAGCUUAACUCAAACUAGAUCCAAAAUAAUUCUGAUUAGUUUUAUUAAAAAAAAAACAAAAACAAAAAACAAAAACGGUUAUAUACAUCACUAUGCGCAUAGUUUGCUUUGUAUUUUUUAACUGAUCGCCCAGGACGUUGGAGCCUAAAAUAUUACAGAGU